AUGCUCCGUCCUCAGCUUGGGCGUCGUGCUCUACCCCGCAUCGCAUCCCGAGCAGCCCGCAAUCCAAGAUGCAGGUUUUCAACACAGCAUGGGUAUGAACACGAGCUGCCUCCUGUCCGGAUCGUGCGCCCGGUUUUGUGGUCUCUCGCCGCCGUGAGCACCAUAUACAUCGCCUGUGCAGCCUAUGAGGUCAAGGGGGAUGCCAAAUCUUUCUCGACCCAACAUGGCUGGGGCACUCGACGCACGUUAGAUUCCUACGACCAGCUUCCAAAAGCGGACCACAGGGGCCACAGGGGCCGAACGCUUUCGCAGGUCUCUUAUGGUUCACCUGCUGAUGUGUUGAGCCUAUGGAAGGGCCUCCCUGAAGCAGAGAAAAUGAUCGUGGGCAACAUUGCCUUGAACUCAUCCAUAUGGCUCUCUCAGCGGCUGACGUCGACACAUUUCUCAUUCUUCCAUCACGUACCUGUCGUAGGACGUAAUUAUACCAUGCUCACGUCCGUAUUUGGACACGCGUCAGGCCUGCACCUCUUUUUCAACAUGGCAUGUCUGUACAAUUUCGGAGGGGAUGUGGCCUACAGUCGCACGUUUGAGGGCAGCGGCAGCCAUUUGGCCGCCUUCUAUCUUUCAUCUGGUGUGGUCACUAGCUUGGCGCAGCAUCUAGAGACUGUCUUUCCAAGGCGUCGGUUUGGGGCCAGUCUCGGGGCUAGCGGAGCCAUCAUGGCGUUUAUAGGGGUGUUCGGAAUGUCGAAUCCGGAUUCUCGCAUUGGCAUUAUACUGCUGCCUGGUUCGCUCCCAGCGCAAGAGGCAUUGGGAUGGAUCGCAGCUUUUGAGGCCUACGGGAUGGUUUUUGGAAUCCCAUUCCUGCGGUGGGCCCAUACAGCUCAUCUGGCGGGCCUGGCGGUUGGUGCGGCUUACGUACAUUUUGAUGGAAAGAACCAUCUAUGGAAGCCGGCACGGAAGUUCGCUUUUUCCCUAUUGCAAAAGCUGAACCUGAUUUGA